AUGGCAUCAGGUCCAAUUGGUGGCGGGUUUGCCCAAACUAGACAACCAUUAAGAAGAUUAUUAAUUGACCCUGAAACUGGUGGAUUACUAGGAAUACUUUUAGGAAUGUUUGGUAUAGCGGGUUAUAUGGCAGGACAUAAAGUAGCUUAUACUAAUGAAGAAAAGAAUGUAAAGUUAACAAAAGAAGCACCUUUUCCAUGGCAUGAUAAAUCUUCUUCUGACGAUGGAGAUGACGAUAAAAAUUAUAAGUAUAGAUUUCAUAAACUCGAUUCUGGUCGACAAAUACUUCAAGCACCAAAUGCAAUUAAUACAACUAAAGUUCGAGUGAGCAUGCCAAAAGAAAUGGCGGAAAAAAUUUCACCAAAGUUCUUUGAAGAAAAUUAA